UCUCCGCAGUCUAAGCGACAGCUAUUACUUUGUGGUUUACUUGGAUACCUUUCUGAGACAUGGUGGAAAAUACUUUGCCUUCUUUUGAACCUUGUAGACUGUGACGUGCAACGAUGGACUCUUCGACGCAUUAUGAGCUGAAAGACAUACAAGAAAAUAUGGGGAAGAAGUCGGGAGAACAUCUUGACACUGAUAAAAAAGCAUCAUCCGAUGCUGGACCAGACCCCUCUGCUCCAAUUACAAGAAAAGGAGUCUUAACAUCAUUCUUAACUGGCAAACCUAUGGAAAUACCAGAACAAGAUAUUCUCGGUAAAUGCAGAUUUGUAUCGGAAUUUGAAAAACUUAAUCGCAUUGGAGAAGGCACCUAUGGAAUUGUGUACCGAGCAAGAGACACUAAAACUGACAAAGUUGUAGCUUUAAAAAAAGUUCGUAUGGAGCAUGAAAAGGAUGGUUUGCCAGUAAGCGGCCUUAGAGAAAUUAGCGUACUUCUAUCAUGCCGUCAUGAAAAUAUAGUACACUUGAAAGAAGUAGUCGUAGGACGAAGUUUGGAAAGUAUAUUUCUUGCAAUGGAAUACUGUGAACAAGACUUAGCCAGCUUAUUGGAUAAUAUGCAAUCACCCUUCUCUGAGAGUCAAGUGAAAUGCAUCGUUCUACAAGUCCUUAAGGGUUUACAUUAUUUACAUCAUAAUUUCAUUGUACACAGAGAUUUGAAAGUAUCAAAUCUCUUAAUGACAGAUAAGGGUUGCGUAAAAAUCGCAGACUUUGGUUUGGCAAGAUGGUUCGGGUUGCCAUUAAAACCAAUGACUCCAAGAGUUGUAACUCUGUGGUACAGAGCUCCUGAAUUAUUACUACAAGCUAAAACGCAAACGACAUCAGUUGAUAUGUGGGCGGCUGGUUGUAUUUUAGGAGAAUUAUUAGGACACAGACCGCUUUUACCAGGAAGAUCUGAAAUCGCUCAGCUCGAAUUAAUUGUAGACUUGUUAGGAACGCCUAGCGAAGCUAUUUGGCCAGAAUUCAAUUCGUUACCUGCGCUACAAAACUUUACAUUGAAGCAGCAGCCUUACAACAACUUGAAACAAAGAUUUCCAUGGCUAAGUGCUGCUGGUUUAAGACUGUUAAACUUCCUCUUCAUGUACGAUCCGAAAAAACGGGCAACAGCCGAAGAAUGUCUUCAAAGUAGCUACUUCAAGGAAGCACCCCUACCAUGCGAUCCGAAAUUGAUGCCAACAUUCCCCCAACAUAGAAACAUGAAGAAAGCAAGUCAACCAAAAGAAACUCGUGAACAGGAAACUGCUGUUCCAGAUCAAACGAGUAAUCUUCCAGCAAUUUCUGAUCUUCUUGGAUCAUUAGUCAAAAAGAGACGUGUGGAUUAAGAAGCAAUACCAAAACCACUAAGGAACGAAAUGCUGCGUGGCCGCCUAGAGACUGCACAACUUAACCCAGUACAACUCAAGCGAGAAAGUUCAAAGUGGGCCUUAUGCAAUCAGUGAGAGUAUGUUGAACUCUGUUGCAACUGCAGAUGCACACAGGCGUAAUAAGAUAAAAAGGUAGCACUCGAAAGAUGAAUGAACAUAAAACACUAUACAAUAUUCGAAACAACCAAUCGAAACAAGAAAAGACAAAACUCAUGUAAAACAGAAAAAUACAUACUUUUCAA